AUGAGCAUAAGUGAGACACACUGGAUCGGUCAUGGUAAGUUGCAACUGCAAGAGGGAGAGACCAUAAUCUACUCGGGAAGAGAGGACAACAUUCAUAGGCAAGGGGUAGGUAUACUGAUGUCGAAGAACGCAAGCAGAGCAUUGAUAGACUGGAGCCCAAUCAGCGAAAGGAUUGUCCAAGCAAGGUUUUACUCCAAUCACAUUAAGUUGACACUAGUGCAUGUGUACGCACUUACGGAAGAUGCUGAGGAGCAGGUAAAGGAUGAGUUCUAUACGAGACUGCAGGAUGUGUUGAGUUCAUGCAAAACACAUGACAUGCUGGAUGUGACUGGGGACAUGAAUGCAAAGGUUGGUGAUAACAAGCAGAAUUACGAACGAGUGAUGGGUGAACAUGGCUUGGGGCAACGGAAUAAUAAUGGCGAAAGAUUAUGCGAGAUCUGCGACAUGAACGAGCUAAUGAUAACUGGUACGCUCUUCCCUCACAAAACGAUACAUAAAGCAACAUGGACAUCACCGGAUGGAGUGACCAGAAACCAUGUAGACUCGUUAGCAGGAAAUUUAGGAAUUCUGUGA